AUGGAUGUUGUUUCAGUUAUAGUAACCACGGGAAAAUACUUUGUGGACCCAAUCAAAAAACAUUGCGGCUAUCUGUUUCACUACAAUAGCAAUAUCAAGAAUCUUGAAGAUCGAAUUGGGAACCUUCAUGCCAAGAUAGAUGGGGUGCAUUUAAAAAUUGAAGCAGCAAAAAGGAACGGACAGGUAAUCUUACCUGUGGUUGAGAGGUGGGUAGAAAAGGCACGCAACAUCUUUGAUGAAGAUGCCGAAGCAAAUAAGAAGGGCUUAGAUGGAUGGUGUCCACGUUAUUCCUUGAGUAGGAAAGCUAAGAAGAAGACUCUGGAAAUUGAUGUACUACUAAACGAUGGACAAUUUAGUGAAGUGUCCUCUCCUCCUCCUCCGCUGGGAAUAGGAUCUUCAUCCAUAAAAGGUAUUAUGGAUUUUGAGUCAAGAACAAAAAUGAGGAAAGAAGUUUUAGAGGCACUAAGAGCUGACAAGGUCAAUAUGACUGCCAUAUGCGGUAUGGGGGGGAUAGGGAAAACAACAAUGGCAAAAGAGGUAGCGAAAAGAGCAAAAGAUGAUAAGUUAUUUGAUGAAGUAGUGAUGGUGGUGGUGUCCCAGAAUCAAGACUUGAGAAAUAUUCAAGUUCACAUUGCGGAGAUGCUAGGUCUGCAACUCGUUGAAGAGAAUCCACUUGUGAGAGCAGAACGAUUAAAUAAUAGACUAUCAAUGGAUAGUAAGAGUGUUCUUGUAAUAUUGGAUGAUGUGUGGGAUGCACUUGAUUUAGAGGCUGUUGGAAUUCCUUAUGGAGGUCAACACAAUAGAUGCAAAAUCUUGUUGACAUCACGAAGUGAAGAAGCCUGCACUCAAAUGAAAACUCAGAAGAUUUUUCUAAUCAAAGUCCUAUCUGAAGAAGAAGCAUGGAAUCUUUUCAGGGAGAUGGCAGGUAAUUGUAUCGAUACUCCCGGUCUACAUCCAAUAGCUAAAGAGGUUGCAAAGGAAUGUGGAGGUCUACCUGUAGCUAUUGUAACUGUUGGAAGAGCCCUAGAAAACAAAAGUGAAUUUGAGUGGAGUGCUGCACUUCAACAGCUUAAAAAUGCUAUCCCAAAAAAUAUUUCCGGUCUUGAUUCAAAGGUGUAUUCCAGCAUAGAGCUUAGUUAUAGUUACUUAAAAAGUGAUGAGGCCAAGUCAUGCUUUUUGCUAUGCUGUUUAUUUCCGGAAGAUUAUGAUAUUCUCAUUGAAGAUUUAGUGAGGUAUGGGGUGGGGCAAAGGUUGUUUGCAAAGAUUGAUACUGUGGCAGAAGCAAGAAAUAGAGUCCAUGCAAUGGUUAAGAAUCUCAAAAGAUCAUUUCUACUGUUGGGUAGUGAGAAAGGAGAAGAACAUGUCAAAAUGCAUGAUGUUGUACGGGAUGUUGCAAUAUCAAUUGCAGAAAAUAAAGGUUUUCUGGUUCGAUGUAAGGAAAUAAUGGAAGAAUGGCCAGAAAAAGACUCAUGCGAGCGUUAUACUGCAAUUUCGCUUGUAACUAAAGAAUUGAAAAGGCAUCCCGAUGGCUUGGAGUGUCCUAAACUUGAGCUUUUGCAGCUAGUAUGUAAGACGCUCCCAUUGAAUCUAUUUAAAGGGAUGAAAGGAUUAAAGGUUUUGUCUCUGUUUGGUACUUCCUUUCCAUCACUACCACAAUCAAUCAAUGUCCUUCAAAACCUUCGGACCCUGCAAUUUGUUAAUUGUGAGCUAACAGAUGUGUCAGCAAUUGGAGCACUUACGAAACUAGAAAUUCUUAGCUUUUCUGCUUCUAAAAUUAGGAAGUUGCCUGGAGAAAUAGGAAAUCUUAAUUAUCUAAAGUUGUUAGAUUUGACAGGAUGCUCUGAUCUUGAAGGAAUUCCAGCUGGUCUCCUAUCGAGUUUAUCUCACCUAGAAGAGUUGUUCAUGAUUGGAGUACCCCUUAAAAUUUGGGAACCUAUGGAAGGCAACAAAGAAGAAGAGGAAGAGGAAGUGAACACAAGCCUUGCGGAACUUAUGUCUUUGUCCCACCAUUUGAUGGCUUUAAAAAUUAAUAUACCAAAUAUUAAGGUCUUGCCAAAAGACUUGGCCUUCAAAUAUGGAACGAUAAAAUUUCAGAUAGUUGCAAGUGCUUAUAAGCAAGAGAGAUGGGGUAAUUUCAGGGAAUAUUUAUUUAAAAAUUUGUUGGGAAUUGCAGGAUAUGACGUAAGUGAUAUUACGAAGAGUCGAACGCUUCUUCAACUUUUAAAGAAGUCUGAAAUUUUAAUGUUGGGAAAUAUAAAAGAUUUAAAAAACAUUGUGUACGAGUUAGACAAAGAGGGUUUUCAAUGCUUGAAGGUUCUAGAAGUUCGGUGGAAUAAUGUAGAAUAUGUAAUGGAUGCCACAUCAGAUCAGAAUCCUCAUGCUGCCUUCCCUACCCUGGAGUCAUUGAAACUGAUGGAUUUGCCUAAUUUAAAAGAGAUAUAUCAUCUCCAAUUCCCAGAGAGAUCCUUUAGUGGUAUUCACUCACAACUUGCUUGUUUUGGCAAACUAAGAUCAAUUUCGCUCUACUCUUGCAAAUGUUUGAAAAUUGUGUUUUCAUUGUCCAUAGCGAGAUGUUUGGUUCAACUCCAAGAGUUAGAUAUAAGGUUGUGUAAUGAUAUGGAAGAAUGUUUUCACAUGGAAGGAGAAGAUGAGAAGGAACUUGAUAUGAUCAUGUUUCCGCAAUUAACAUCUAUACAUCUAGGCUAUCUUCCAAUACUCAUUGGCUUUUGUACCGGCGUGGGUCCCAUUGAGCUUGUCCAACCAUCCUUGAAUCGAGAGGCUGGAAGGAUCGGCACUAAUGAAGUGACCAAUCUUGAAAAGCUCAAGAUGACAGACAUUCAACAACAUACUGGCCCAUUUCCUGAAUCAACACCCAUUAUCUCUCAUAAACUCUUCUCAUCCAACACCAUCUUGUGGGCACUGAAUUUAGAAAAUCUUAAAUUGAAUAAAGCUGAUUCACUAGAAGUGGUAUUUGAUCUUGAAGGAUUGAAGGCCAACAAAGAUCACCAGAGAAUUGCAGUACUUGCUCAGUUGAAAACUUUAGAGGUAAAAAAUUUAUUUGAGUUGACAUACGUGUGGAAGAAUGUUCCGCUAGGAAUUCAAGGCUUUCAAAAACUAACAUCCAUUGAAGUAAGUAACUGUCAUCGUCUAAGAUAUUUAUUCCCAACUUCUAUUGCAAAACUGCUUGUGGAACUUCAAAGCAUUAAGAUAGAAGGAUGUGACGCAAUUGAAAACAUUGUUCAAAGAGAUGGAGAAGAAGAGGCAACGGAUAUCAUCCUAUUCCCUAAAGUUAGUUCCUUGAUACUACGAGAGUUGCCAAAUAUGAUGAGUUUCUGUAUCAAAGCUUAUUCUUUUGAAUGGCCAUCCAUUGAGGAGAUUUAUUUGGAUUGUUGUCCCAAAUUGAAAACAAUUGGUUCAGAAAUUCAGAGCCCAAGAAAGUCAAAGAAAAUCAAUAGGGAAUUGGAUUCAAGACCCAAUGAGCAUGAACUUGGGUCCCCUGGUUUUCAUUGGCGAUGCCUUGAGUGUGUACCACGUCACAAAAAUUAUGGUCUGAUGGCUGUGUCAGACCAAGGCACCACCAAUAAAUCCCAAAGAAGCUACUCUGUGAAGGAAAAGGGUACUUUGAGUAAGCCGAAUGAUCCAAAAUUUGGUGAUAGCAACAACCCCUCAGAGAUAUGGUCUCUUUUUCCAUCUCAUAUAAUUGAGUGCCUAAAGAAUCUAGAAUCGAUUGAAUUGGUUAAUGUCCCUUCACCGGAAGUUAUAUUUCAACUUGAGGAAUUAAAUGUUGAGGAAAGUCUCAUGGCACCAGUACUUGAUCAGUUAAGGAACUUGAUUCUAUAUGAAUUAGAUAAUCUGAUGCACAUAUGGAAGAAGGGUCCAGAAAGGAUCACGGGCUUUGGAAAUAUGAGAUUUUUAAAUGUUGAUAAAUGCAAUAGUCUAACAUAUUUGUUCUCGCCAUCCAUAGCAAAAUUGCUUGUGAUGUUAGAGGAAAUAAGAGUUACUCACUGUGGAAAAAUUGAAGAAAUCCUGGCAAGAGUAAGAGAAGAAGAGGAAGAUAAGGAUGUUCUAUUCCACAAAGUGAACUUAAUCUUGCUAAGUGACUUACCAAAUUUGAAGUGCUUUUGCAAUGAAGCCAAUGCUUUAGAGUGGCCAACGCUGAAGAAAAUAAUUGUAGAGGGAUGUCCUAGUUUAAGCACGUUUAUUCCAUCUAAUCUAAACACACCUAAGCUAGAGGGAGUAUAUGAAAGAAGAACGUGUCAUUGGAAGGGAGAGCUGAAUUCCACCAUAGAGCACAUCUACAAAGGAAAGGAAAAGCAAGCGAAUCCAAGGGAAACGAUUUCGUACCGUACCAGCCGGUACGGCCGAAAUAUCUCGUUCCAGCGACCAAAUCAGUACAGGUGA